AUGAAAGAAUAUCAAUAUAUUACGCUUGCAGAGCUGGAUGAAUUAUCACAUAAAGCUGAUGAAAAUUUAAAGGUUAACAUAUAUGCAUUUGUAGCCGAUUUGGUGAUACGUUCACGACCGACAGAUGUGUUGGAAGAUGCUUGUGUUAUCACACAAUUGGAAUUACGUGAUGGUAGCUCGGAUAACGAUACAACAUGUAUCAUUUAUAGUGACUCACUGGAAAGUUUUUCGGAUCAAAUACAAAGCGGUCAAAUUAUUCGAAUGCAUCGUGCAAAAAUCAAAAAAAUGGCAGAUGAAAAAUUAUUUGUCUAUGGGAAGCUUAAAACAGCAGGUUUUGCUGUUCUUCUGUUCGGUGGUCAACUUAGUGAUGAUUUUGCUCCUGUAUAUCAGUCAUCAGCAAAAUUUACUGUAGCAUCAGAUUACAAGGAGAGGAUAAAUUCAUUACGCAUGUUAUUCGUGAGAGAUGAACCAAUGGCAUUAGACGAUCCCCUUACAGUUCCAGGUGACCCCAGAAUUUCAGAUGGUCAGCCUGUUGCUACAACAUCAGUACUAUCGAUGAAUAGAAAAGCAUCAUAUAUUAACGAAGAGGAAAUACAUCAAAUAAUUAAAAAUGCAAAUGUUCAUCGCUUGAAUGAAUUUGUUCUUGGUGGUUACAGUGAUAUUACCGUACAAGCAAUAGCUCUAUUUGUUGGUGAUCGAAACAACGUGAUAUUGCGUUGUUGGGAUACCACUUCACCACCAAGGAAAAUAUUUAUGCUUAAUGCUGACUUUGUUCACGAAAUGAUAUGUCGAGAUGAAGAAUUGGAAAUGGCAACAGAAAAUUAUUGGUGUGACAUAGUGUUGUACGAAGAGCAUGCUGAUUUUGCUCGAAAUAAUGUAAAGUGUGGGGAUAUCCUGUUACUUACUAAUACGCAUUUAUAUCACUCGAAGAAUAGUAUUACCCUAACAAUGCAUGGUGGUGGUCAGCGUUACAGCAGGUCAAUUGUCAUUCUUGAUGGUAACACUGAAUUGAAACUUGAUCUUUUACGUAAUAUUAAUGGAUUCAUUGCUAAUAAGGAUUCGCUUCGUUUGGAUAUGCAAACAGAUAUUGCAGAGAGAAGAAAUGACGAUGACGUACAGCAACACCCGUAUAGGAACGAACAGGUAGCGCUUUUUUUGUAUUAA